AUGUCCGAUAGACCUUCGCACAGAGGCGGCCGCGGCGGUGACCGAGGUGGCUAUCGAGGUCGUGGAGGUGCCGCCGGAGGUGGCCGUGGAGGCUCUUCAGCGGCUCAGGGCGAGAGGCCCAAGAAGGAGAACAUCCUGGACCUGGCCAAGUACAUGGACAAGGAGAUUACCGUCAAGUUCAAUGGCGGCCGCGAAGUCCGCGGCACUCUCAAAGGCUACGACGCCCUCAUGAACCUCGUCCUUGACGAAGUGCAGGAAACCCUCCGAGACGAAGAAGGCAACGAGUCAUCCCGUCCCCUUGGCCUCGUCGUCGUCCGCGGAACACUCCUCGUCCUCAUCAGCCCCGCCGACGGCAGCGAAGAAAUCGCCAACCCAUUUGCUCAGCCCGAGGAGGACUAA